CCCACGGGACACUUCGGAGGCGUUCGCUGUUAUGGACUGGCUGAACAAUAUCGUCAAAAAGAGGCGCUACUGCGAGCUUAUUUUCGCUCUCGCAUUAUGUCACGGCAUAUUUCUCAGGCUCGCAAUGUGUGACCGGGGCUCUGCUGUAUUCCAGGACCUCCUUGAUAUGCUAAAUACGACUAAAAAAAUAUACAUAUAUGCGAGCACUGUUAGGAUUGACAAGGACUUGGGAAAAGAAAACUAUACGUAUUACACCAAGGUGUACCUGAAUGAGACCGACUAUGACUUCAAGUUAUUCGUGCCUGGUUUCAGCCGCCGAAAUUCUCGAAAUGGCAAUAAUGACGCUGCAUUAGGUGGAGUGCAUCCCUACGAUUUACAUGCAAAGCUGCGAAAUUGUACCCAAGAAGCGGGUCUACCGGGUCCGUGCAUGAACGUUCCAAAUUGGCCUGAACGAGGAAACAUUACGAAGAUACUCUGGCAGUACAAUCCUGAAGGGCUGUGUGGAAUUUUUUUCUAUUUUUAUCAAGGACAUCAAAUCUGUGAGAUUGACAUUCGAGAAGAUGGACUUCCAGGACACACACAUGACAUUUUCCAUGUUUGCCAGACAAUGUUUAGCUAUAUCUGCGAACAUAACUCCGCUACGCCUAGGAUUUACCGUGUUGGUUGAAUCCGAAAAAUCAAUAAAUAAAGACGCAGAAAUUUGCAGC